CUAUUGUCUUCGCUAGAUACUGAAGCAAUGUUUCUCACAAUUAUACCCAUCCUCUCCAUUGUACUCUUAGCUUCCGUGCUUCGAGCUACGUUUAACUACUUCCGUGGCCCACUUUCACGCCUACCUGGACCAUGGUAUACCCAUUUCACAGGCCUUCCGCUCCUUUACGCUAGAGCAGUCGGGACGAGCCGUCAGCAUCUUCGCCAUCUCCAUAGAGUACACGGUCCAGUAGUUAGAGUCGGACCCAAAGAGGUUUCCAUCAACAGCGUCGAUGGCUACUACAAAGUCCAUGGCGUGGGUAGCCACUGCCUGAAAGCACCUGUCUUUGACCAUAUCCGCUUCAGCCACUCGUCUAUGCUCUUCACCAUGCGAGAUCCUCGUCUUCACUCAGAACGCAAACGAAUUAUUGGUCGCGGAUUUGCGUCAAUAAAAGAAGAACAAGAAGUGAAGAUUCAGCGACUGGCUAGUCAGGCAGUGUCCAACAUCAAGAAGGAGGUCGAAGACGGCCAGGCUGAUGUUUACAAAUGGUGGCGCUGCCUGGCAGUCGAUGUUGUCAGUGAGAUGGCCUUCGGCAAACCUUUCAAGUUGCUGCAAUCAGGUGGCAAAGGCCUGCCGCUCUACACGGCUUUGGCGAAUGCUGGCCCUUCUGUUGUUUUUCAAGCCAUACUCCCUCGGCGGCUCAUGUCUCUCUUCAAAUGGUCUCCUAUUUCCUGGCUCAGAGACGUCGGUCAAGUCACUGAAGUCAUCUUCAACCGGGUAGGAACAGCCCUUGGAGAACUGCGAGUUUCAUCAAAUUGCGGCCCGAGCAUCGCCCGUCACUUGUUGAGUCAAGAAGUGAAUGGCAAGAAGCCCAUCUUGAACGACGAUGAGUUGAGCUCUGAGGUAAGCAUGCUUCUUGUUGCGGGCUCGGAUAGUACGGCUACUACUUUGACAUAUGCGACAUGGGAGAUUGUCAGAGACCCAGACCUCCGGAGGCAGAUCGAGGAGGAGGUUAUUAGCCUGGCUACCAACUUCACGGCCACGGAUGUUGAGGGUCUAUCUCUCUUGAAUAGUGUCUUGGAAGAGGUGCUAAGGAUGUAUAAUCCUGCAGCAGCACUUGUUGAGAGGCUCGUACCUCCGAGUGGAAUCUCCGUUCAUGACUGGCAUAUCCCUGGAGGCACAAUGGUUUACACGACUGGAUGGCUCAUUUCCCGGCUUGAAAACGUUUUCCCCGAGCCAGAUAAAUUCGAUGCUAGAAGAUUCCUGAAUCCGACACCAGAAAUGAAAAGGGCACAUGUACCAUUUAAUAUUGGCGCAAGAAGAUGUGUGGGUAUGCAUGUAGCUCGAACGGAGAUCCUCGUCACAUUGGCUAUGCUCUUCCGUGAGUGUAGGGGCUUGCAAUUGCAUCAUGGCAUGACGGGUGAGAUGAUGACACAGGUCGGAGAGUUCUUUAUAGUUCCCAAAGGAGGGCGGUGUGACAUUGGUGUUUGA